AUGGAAGCUCGACAAGAUUCUGAUAACCUUGCCUGGGAUCGAAGCGAUGCGCUCUGGGAAGAAGCGGUGAAACACGUUCAAUUGUCAUCCACAUGUCGCAAGAUUGAAUCUUUUGCUGGUCAGACUUUCGGACAAACCGCCACUUUGAUACCUCCCAUUAUUGUUGGCGGCUUCAACGCCUUAUAUCCUAUUCGGGUUGAGGGUCGCUCUGGCAAUGUUCUUGUGCGCCUGCCCUGCCCUAACCAGGCCGUGUUUCCUGUGGAAAAGACACUUGCAGAAGCAGCGACAGUUGCGUAUAUAAGCCAGCACACUCAACUACGGGUUCCAUCAGUCUUGUACCAUGGGGAUGACUCUGAGGUCGGGCCCUUCAUGAUUAUUGAAGACCUUGGGUCCCGGCGAGGCAUAGGCCAAGCCCUGGAAGCUCCCCGUGAGGACCUCAAUGAUCCAGCCGUCUUGCGACCCGACAUCUCGGAAAUAAAGCUCAGAAGCUUAUAUGCUGAAAUGGCACGUUGCAUGUUACAGCUGGCUCAGCUAGAGUUCCCGCGCAUCGGAGCUCUUGUUGAGGACUCCCCGGGCUCCUACAGCGUGUUGGGACGACCGAUGACCCUCAAUAUGAAUAACAUGGUUCAGCUUUCAAAUAUCCCCAAGUCGAUCUUUCCGUCCGAAAGGACGACUUAUGAUACUGCUGAUGAGUGGUACACGGCAUUGGCCGAAAUGCAAAUGGCCACUCUCAUCUUCCAGCAUAACGACAUGGUGUCAUCUGAAGAUGAUUGCAGAAAUAAAUACGUCGCUCGACAACUAUUUCGCAGAUUAGCCAAACAAGGUCGGCUAUCCAAUUUCGGGUUUGCCGAAGAUACGUGGUCCGCCUACUCCAAGCAUGCUGGGGAAAGGUUACCGUCGCCAGACAAUUCGAGUUCCUUUCGCCUUUGGUCAGAUGAUUUCAGACCGGCCAACGUCCUUAUUGAUGACCAUGAUCAGGUACUCGGAGCUAUAGAUUGGGAAUUUGCCUACGUCGCGCCAACACAGUUUGUCUUAGACUCACCUUGGUGGCUACUGCUCGACAUACCUGAGAUGUGGGAUGCAGGCAUCGAAGAUUGGAGUAAGGCCUAUGAAGCUAGAAUUGAUACCUGGAUUUCAGCAGUGCAAGAGGCAGAGAAAGACAUUAGUUUGGAUUCUUUCCUCCUUUCAGCAUACAUGCGAGAAAGUUGGACGACCAGUCGCUUUUGGCUGAACUACGCUGCUAGAAAGAGUUGGGCGUUUGACACGAUCUAUUGGAAGUACCUGGACGAGAAGUUUUUUGGUGAAAAAGAAGAUGGUACCCCUGCUGAAGAACAGUGGAAGACAAGGGUGCACCUCCUUAGUGAAGAGGAGCAAGCGGCAAUGGAGACGCUAGUACAGGCCAAGAUGGCCGAGUCCGAAAAUCGGGUUCUAGUUGAAUGGGACGAUGAGGACGCAAUGGAGUAUCUUUCCUUUUUCCUCUUCGACUGA